AUGGGGGAAGAGUGGACAGCCGAAGACUUUCGGGACUUUGACUUGCAAGGCCAUCAAGAUAGUACUUACUUUCAUCCUGUUGGAAAUGACUAUGAGCAAGAAGAGGAGGAAUCAGCGUCGUUGACUAGACCAUUGAGCAAGAGUAAUAAAGGAUUCGAGAUGAUGAAAAAGAUGGGAUACAUAGAAGGGAAGGGACUAGGAUCCCAAGCUCAAGGACGUCUCGAACCUGUAGCUAUAGAUAAAAAACUCGACACGCAAGGUUUAGGAAGGGCGGAAGAAGUGUACGCUAUCCAUAGUGCGUCAACUGCCAAGAGGAAGGCUCUGGAAACAGAGCUUAUCGCCUCUGAGACUGAUCAAGAGAAGGAGAUACGCGAGCUCCUCGCACUUAAGAAGCAACGAAUCCAAGACGAUGUACAGGAGAUCAAUAAGCCAUUCUAUUGCGACUUGUGUGAGAAACAAUAUCGCAAGAUACAGGACUACGACGCCCAUCUGACCUCAUACGACCAUAAUCAUACCAAGCGCCUCAAAGAGAUGAAGGAAAUGUCUCGAAAAGGCAUCAUACCAGGCACAAGAAAUGGAGCUGAUAAGAAGCAACAACGAGAACGAGAACGGGAGGAACGAGAGGUCAAGAAGCUGAUGGAUGCUGCUAAUACUAGUAUCAAACAAUCUACUACAUCGUCAGAUGCAUCUUUGUCGUCGAUCUUAGUAGACCUACCGCCUGGAGUCGAGCCAUUACCACCAGGAGCCAGUGGUGGCACAUCAUCAAACGUGAACAAUGCUCCGCCAACCAAAGUACAAUUCAGUUUUGGCAGCUCAGGACUGCAUCAAGCAAAGAAGGAAAACAUGUCAUUUAUGAUGUACUUGUAUGAAGCUGUCUUUGGGCUCGUCUUUAUAUUCCUCAUCACGUCGCUCGUGAGAGAUCUACUCCCAUAUCUGUUUUAUGUCUUCAAUGAUCCGCCAAGAGGCCCAUUCAAGACUCGUAUUAGCACUCAAACGAAGGAUGAAAGCUGGCAUGAUGUUACUGGAAAAUGGUCUACACUCCACUAUAGAAAGUCCACGGUCGCUCAACUCGACGAUCAUGGGGACCACGAAGAUUAUACCCGGCACACAUAUGAGCAGGACUGUGUACGACUGAGUCCGAAGUCGAGGGCACGUAGGCUGUAA